AUGAAGAUAAAUAGUAACAUGAAUAACAUGCAUAGACUGCGAUGUUUUUGCAAUUGGAGUAACACGCACAGAUUUAGAAAUGUGGACUACUCGUUAUACCUAGUGACAGACGAUAAAUUUUUAGGAGACAAAGAAAAUGUAUGCCAAAGUUUCAUUGGAAAGAUUAGAGAAGGAAUUUUGGGAGGAGUCGGGUUGGUUCAAUUGAGAUUAAAAAAUUCAGAUGACUUAUAUUUUUACAACACAGCAGUAGAGGUGAAACAAUUAUUAAGUAAGUAUAAAAUUCCAUUUAUAAUAAAUAACAGAUUAGAUAUAUGUUUAAGUGUAGAUGCAGAUGGAGUACAUGUGGGGAAAAAAGACAUCCCUAUCAAUAUUGCAAGAAAUAUUUUAGGAGAAGAAAAAAUUAUCGGGGCUACCAUAAAUUUUAGUAAUGACGAGGAUAUUCAAAUGGCUAUAAAUAACCGAGUGGAUUAUAUAGCUCAUGAACAUACGUUAUAUGAGUCUAGCACAAAGCCAAUUACAGCAUCAUAUGAACAUGGAAUAAAGAAAAAAAUAAAUAUGCUGGUGAAUAAAAUAAAAUAUCUUCAAGAAAAGGGGAAAAUUGAUAAAUGUGUUUUUGACUGCACACAUCCACCCAUUAUUUUAAUUGGAGGAAUUAACACGAAUAAUAUAAAAGAAACUAUGGAAAAUUUUCAUGAUACUUGUGCUGGUGUUGCAGUUGUCUCGAACAUUAUUGGGGAAAAUUGCAACCCUUUUUUAAAUUCCCUAAGGUUGAAGUUUAUAAUAAAUAAAUAUAAAAAAUGUUAUAACGACGCUUUUAUCAAUAUGUGUACUAGCUUUUUACGAUAUAUUUUUUGGAACAACUUGGAGAGUCAUAAAAAAAAUGUAUACCCAAAUUUUAUGUUGGAACAACUAGAGAAGGCACAACAGAAUGAUGUUAAGUACACAAAAUUCCAUUUAUACACAAAUAUGGAUGUAAAAAAAAAUGUUCAGAACUUUUUUGCAAAAAAUCUUGAUUUCAAAAUUAUACAGUUAAAUCAACUCGUUGAGAAUAACUAUCAGGAAGGGAAGCUUUUUUUCCUUUUUAUUUCAAAAUGUAUAAGUAUAGGAGUGGAAGAAGAGGAUCAAUGCCAGGAUGCAAGCAAAGAAAUGUUCAUUGUGUGUAACACACAUCUGAAAAAAUGGAUUGAUAAGAAUAAAAAUAAAAAUAUCUCCAAUGCACUGUUUAUACUUAUCGGAGGGGAAUUGUUAGAACUAUUUAGAAAAAAAUUUUCACCAGAAUUUUUCCAAAACAACAAAUUUUUUAUUAUUACGAAAAAGGAGGAAGAGUAUAAUUGGGAACCACUGAAGUGUGGUAUAGAGGGUGUUUCUAUAAAAUACAAGAAAAAUUUAACUAAUCUUGCUUUGAAAAAUAAUCAUUUGGAUAAUGAGAAAAUUAAGCACUUUUCCAUUUUACUUUCAUAUUUUUUAAUGGUUCAGGAGAAUAUAACCCCACAAUUUUUAUUAAAAAUUGUGAGGGAAAUGAAAGUAUUGAAUGCAGAAGACGAAAAUGUUAUGAAGUUUGCCGCUUCCGUGAAUAUAUCGUUCGAGCUGUUGGAAAAUGAGCACAAUACAGAACCUUGCUUUUUCGGGGAGGAAGAGCAGAUGGAGAGACUUCUAUAA